CAAUUUAAUUCUACCUAACCUAAAUCUGUUAUUUAUUUGUUAUCAUCCGUGCGUCGCUACAUAUUGCAGAAAGAUUUCAAAGUAAUUCGAAUUACUUCUCUUAUUUAUAACGUAAUAAAUCGCUUACCGUUUUACCUGACAUAUUAUUUAUCACGUAUUAUUACGUGCAUAUAAUAACAAUGUCAAUGGAGACCGUGCCGAAAGAUUUACGUGGAUUAAGAGCAUGUUUGGUAUGCUCUUUGGUUAAGACUUUCGACCAAUUCGAAUUAGACGGAUGUGACAAUUGUGACGAAUUUCUUCGUAUGAAGAACAAUAAGGAUAAUGUUUUCGAUUGUACGAGUUCCAACUUUGAUGGAAUGAUCGCUGUAAUGAGUCCAGAAGAUAGUUGGGUGUGCAAGUGGCAAAGAAUAAAUCGUUUUUGCAAAGGUGUUUAUGCCAUAUCAGUAUCAGGACGACUUCCAGCUGGUGUCAUCAGAGAAAUGAAGAGCAGAGGAAUAGUGUAUAGGCCGCGUGACACGAGUCAACGUUAAUUACUAGAAAUGCCUAUGUAAAUAAUGUAAUAUUAAAUUUUUUCUUAACACUUGUAUAAUCAUACAGAUCAACUAAAAUACGAUCUCAUUGUUCGUUUUAUCAGCCAAAUAUGCAAAUAUAUUUGCAUGGCCAAUUUAAUGACAGAGUAUUGUAUAUAUCUGCUAGCAUCAAAAAUUUCUGAAAAGUAUAAGUUUGAUAAAUAAUUUAUACGAAU